CUUUGUUGACGUCAUUUCAUUUGUUGGCUGUUUUUGCAUGCGGUGGCUUCGUAUCAGGAGCCAACAGGCGGCGUCUACGCUGCCAUCGUCUAUUCAGCCACCAUCACGUUCGUCUGCUCCUGCCGCUGUCGGUACAAGUGCACUCGUUUUGUACCUAUAGAUAGUGCGCGCAGAAGGAUUGUCUUUUGCGCCAGUUAGUGUUGCGGCGAUAGCAACAACACAGACGAAAGGCCGCAAGGAAUUUGCUCCCCUGUCGUAUCGCCAAGUCGGAGAGGGAGGGACAGCAGGGCCAGUUUCUUCCCGCUUCCCAGAGCACGAGAGAGGAACAGGACCAUUUCCUCCGUCACCGUUAAGGCUAAGCCUUCUGGAAGGCGAGCAGACGUCACUUCCUUGCCCCAUCAACAUGGCGUCGAAAGAACCCGUCUCUGUCAUCUGGUUCCGCGUAGCAGACGUCAAGCUGAGCUCGUCCAGCGGCUUACCUCAAAGCAUUGACACCAGCCAGGCACCAGAGAAAGUUUACGCAUUGGUGGCUCCCGAGCCACCAACGAUUACAGUGUUGGGAUCAGCUGUCGGACUAGUUGACGGUGCCCACUGGAAGCAGCCAUCGUGGAUCGGCAGGGCGUUCUUUUCACUGCUGAGCGAUCCGCCCGCUUUGCUCCUCAACCAACUGAAUCGCUCUGACACCGGAAGUUACGUGUGCAACGUUUCGUACCGCGGUGACAACGUCACCGACGUGGGUGUAACCAUAACAGAGGCUAUCGUCGAACUGUUCGUCGCAGUCCCUCAGCAGCCGCCGGUUAUUAAGGACUCCCAAGGUAACCAUCUGCUUGCGACAGCAGGACCUUACGCUGAGGGCGACACCGUGCGGCUGACUUGUGCAGUGCCGGCCGCCGACCACAAUCUCACGCUUGCAUGGAGGCGAAACGGCCAACCACUGCGCUCGACACUUGCUACUGUUGCGACGCGUAGCGGAGGAUGGGCGAACCAUCUCGGCCUCGGCCCUCUUUUCCGCGAAGAUUUGUUCGCGAACAUCAGCUGCAUGGUGACCAGUGACGUCACUCUGCCCGUAGAGAGCUCGGUGCUUAUCGACAUGUACCUGCCGUCUGCUGAAAUUUCCAUCUGGAGCGGACCUGAUAUGAACGUUGAUGCCUCUGAAUGGGCUAUGGGCGCCCCCUUGGCAACUGGGGCUACGUCUUCGGCUCGGGCUUCCACAUCCUUUCGCGAGCCUAGGAAGGGUAGCUCGCCCGUCUUCCAAGGAACCUCUCGGCCUGGAUAUACGGAUCCGGAUUUGUCUACCGGUUUCUACGCCCCACGCAGCUUCGAGUGCGAGGCAACCGGAAGUCGUCCAGCAGCAAACAUCACGUGGUUCCUGGACGGACUGCUGUUGGACGAGCGCCUGAGUCACACUCACACCGAUGGCAACGUGACGGCAAGCGUGCUUCUCCUGCCAACUCAGAAGUACGCGGGAAAGCUUCUGGAAUGUCGGGCGACCAACGACAAUUUGAGGGAACUCCGAGGAGUGCUCAGUCGCUAUUUGGACGUGAACGUGUCAAACAAGCCAGAAGUGAGCGUCAAGCUAGGCACCGGUCUCAACGCCAGCCACAUUGCGGAGGGAGCGGACGUGUACAUGGAGUGCUCCGUCCUCGUCGCUUGGAGAGUCACUGACGUCGCGUGGAGCCGCGACGGGCUGGAGCUGGCGGGCGCGGACCUCGACGAGGACACGGUGGUGACUUCUCGCUAUUUGGUGAUCCGGCGCGUGACACCCCGGCACUCCGGAAGUUACUCGUGCCGAGUCACCAGCACCCGCGGAGACACCCUCGAGAGCACGCCGCUUCUCAUCCGCGUCAGAUACCCUCCGAGGUGCGAUUCCGAGGAAGACCGCAUCCUGAACGUCGAGAGAGACGCGGCCGUCAACGUGACCUGCGGUGUGCGAGCUGAUCCUAGCGACGGCCUACGCUAUUUCUGGCAGCUCGCGGAGAACGCCACGGGCGGCACCGAAGCCACGGGGAGAAGCCCGCCUGCCCGGCGCAUGCAAGCGCGCCUGCCGCUCGUCACGACAUCGAACCGCCUGGAGAUGAUCGUCAACGCUUCGCUCUUGAACGCGGCGCUAGCGUGCUGGGCGGAGAACGCCGCGGGAACUCAGAAGAGGCGCUGUCGAUUCAAGUUCCUAUACAAGGGUCGGAACUCGCCCGCUCUGACGUGCAGUGCGGGAAACUACACGGACAGCUCCUUCUCGCUGACCUGUUUCGCGCCUCUCGUCAACGGCACGACGGCGACGUCCACGAAGUUGAAACAGGAACGGCGACUCCUAGUAGAAGUACUUGACACCAGGAGGGGCAACCGGUCGGAACGGAGCUUCUGGAGCACGGACCUGGGCCCGAUACUCGUCAACCGACUCCGCUCUGCCACCGACUACUUGGUCGUCGUUCGAAUGCCUCCGGAGGCGAGCUUUCGGACUUACGUGCGCACCCUGGGCCCGGCUCAAACCCUGAUUGGUCAAGGAGAUGUCAAGAGGAACUCUCCUGGCGGAAGCUCGACGCUUGCCCUGAGCGUUGUCGUGCUGGCGUGCAGCCUCGCCGUCACACUGGUGGCACUGAUCGGCCUUUACUGCGCGUCGGCCCGCGAUAACUGGAGGAGGAAGCGGCAAAAGCCACCGGACAAGGAUUACAAAAGCGACACCGGCUCCGCUGGUCGUGAAGACGUGGACUCCGUGCACACUCGAGACCACAAGGCCUACCUCGCCGCGACGGAUAGCGGCUGACAGCGUGGACUGAACGCGCAGUGUAAAACCCAACCUGGAUCGAUAGUCAUCGAUAGAAGAAGGCAGGGCCACGGAUAUUUCGUGAAGCGGAACGCCGUUUGAUGAUGAUCGGAGCAGAUAAGGAAGUUAGCUAAUUGCGGACGCUAAGUUACAUUAGCGAGCUUAAUGGACAUUAGAGAGCAACACGGUAACAUGUUGCCGGUGCUGUAGACGGCAGUGGCAACGCUGUGAGCGACUUCCGUGACGCUUUGUGCAACCGCAGCCUCUUAGAAAUGUUUGUUACACUGGCGUUCUUGUCGAAGAAAAAAUGAGAAAGGAACUGCCACGAUAGAUACUGUGUCGUUGCCGAAUCUUCAAUCCGGCAGCUAAGUAUAAUGUGGUUGAUUACAGCACUGUAUGCUCGGUGACCUCUCUGGUUAAAUUGCGCGCCACAAGACGGCGCGAACAGCGCGGACGACGUCUCCGGUAGCCUGGCUACCCGUGAAACGCAAUGCGUUUUACGGACAAGUUAAAUAUCUCUAACAGCUUGCCAUAACAGCGAUCGAGAAUGCAUGGCCUGUACUACGCGAAUGUUGCGAGCAGCAAAACGACUGCUUUCUAUUUCUGUCCAAAUUGAGUAGUUUUGAGCAGUAGACAUAUUCUUAAGGGGUAUGUAUAUCUUACGGGCUUUGGGUUGCUUGGAUAAAGCCAUAUUCUGCGACAGACUGUGACUGGGUGACACUGUGCACAGCAUGACGUGGCAUAUCUCUGUGUGCCACACUGACACUGUUCGUGAGCGCGUGACGCUUUGACAGACUGUGCGUGACGGCGCCCACGACGGUAGUCUAGACAGUUCUUUCCGUCAUUUUCUCCUCCGUUUUCUUUUCUGUUGUGUUAUCUACUCUUUUUUGGAGCAUACUGCAGUCUGCGGGGGAAAGCGUCGGGUAGAACGUUUUGCCUUCCCUUAUGUUUUAUUUUUCCUUAUUAUCUCCAUUAAAUAGUGGGGAAAGAGGUUUCUCAGACGAUUGCACACAGCAUCUGGUGUUUCCAGGAGGUCACCAGACUAUCCGAAGAGAGGUACAACGUCGUUCUCUUACGUUUCUUGCGAACAGUCCGAUACUGUAUAUCCAGAAAAAGGGGCUACCGACGGAUCUCUUUCCGACAUCGUCUGCAAGGCUAAAACCGCCCGGAACACCACCACCAUCGUUGUAUCUCUGAUUACGAAGCCGCUACAUCUCCGGGAGGCAAAAAAAAAAAGAAUCGUAACACAAGGAAAAUUAGAACGAAACAUUUGAGAUCGGUUCUAAGCUCUGUGCCGUGUGUUAUGUACUUUCUCGUCUCUCGUCUGUGUGCACUCGUUUCUUGUUCCUUUUUUUUUUCUUAAUCGUUUACGUGUCUUGACGAAGUGCGUACUUGGGUAGAUUUUCACUAACAAAAGCCUAAAGAGACAAAAGGAGCCAUCGAGAAACAGCGACCCCCUCCCAACAUUCAGAGCUCUGAAUGAUUGGAUGGGUUAAAGCUACCACUACAAGGUUU